CAACACCACCAGCACCACCACCACAAACAACUCCUGUGCCACUACCUCUGAAGGUUAAUAGAGCUGAAGAGAAGACACGUUGUUUAGGCCAGCUCUUAAUUCGAGCAUCACAGUUUGGAGUCGGAGGUGCGUGACAGCAGCGCUGGUCGCUGGUCGCUACCGUUUCCAUUGGACCGCAUUGUACACCACAAACCAACCUCCAUACCUACCGACCUGUCUACAACUCUCCAACUCCCGCGAAUACUACCUACAUACAUACCGCGUUGACAGAGACGAAAAUUCACGACUGAACACACUUCCCAAGCGUGAAAAUCACACCCUACCUGACCUCGUUAUCCGGGUCCAUCCUCUCCUCAACCGGCCCACGGAGCCUCCCCUCCCGCGCGGGCAACGGCCACACCGUACCAUACACCAUACCAUAAUGGCCAACGACAGCGCCAUCACAAUCCCCCUCCCCACCUCCCUAACCAGCACAUCCACGACGCUCCCCCCGGCUACAUCACAAGCCCUCAUCGCCCAACUGCGCAACACCAACAGCGUCGCCGACCUGAGCACCUUACUCGCCGACCAACUAGCCCGUAGCGGCUGGACAGACCGUGUGCGUGCAUUAUCACUCGAACUUCUCCGGAACGGCACAUGCGAUACAUUCCCCGAACUCAUGACUGAAGUCAUGCGACGGGCGAAACUCGGUGCUCAGAAAGGCGGACAGUUGGAAACAUCCAAAGACAAGGAUGGAAAGGAUGGCAAGGACAGUAAAGAUAAAUCAAAAGCGAAUGGAACAUCUACUCCGACGAGUGCGGCGGCUGCAGCGGCGGCUGCGGUAAAUGGGAAUCAGGCGAUCGCAGUGAGUAAGGAAUGGUCUGGUGGACCCGAUGGGUUGCCGGAUGUGAGGAUUCCAGAGGUGGUGGUUCAGCAGGCGGUGGAGUUGCUUAAGGAGAGGAUUAAAGAUGUGGUUGUCCCGGUGGAUGAUGAUAGUGAUUGAGACCUGGGCAGGAAGAGGAACGGGACAAGUCCUAGAUGGGAUACCAAAUCUGGUGGAUCCAACUGUUUUGAUAUAGCCGCCAAAGGAGGACGGGAAUUGAUCGGGCGGUCCCUUCUCUGUCUGUGGUGAUAGAUGGCGGAGUUCUAUGUAUUGGGCAACAAUCCAGGAAACAAUCCAGGAUGCAAGUAGGUAUCUAAUCAUCCUCUCGAUCACGGUUGUAUUCAUACAGAUUCUAUACCUACAAUUGCUUGGCUUACAAUUCAUUAGGAGUGACAAGGAACUCGAAUUUGCUUUCUCUCAUAACCGCUACUAUUCCAAAUCAAAAUCGCAAGCCAUGCGGACCUUGAAAGUCUCAAAAG